GGCGGACCCGGGGCUGCUGGCCGGCAACCUCCCCGCCGGUCCCGCCCCCGCCUGCGCCGCGCUGCCCGGCGCCGCCCAGGAGCAGUGGGAGGGCUACUACGCGCCCGGGGUUCUGGAGAACACCACGGACCCCACACAGUUCCGCCGCCUCCUCCUGGGCCGCUUCAUGGCGUUUCACCCGGUGCGCUCCUGGAUGGAGGUGGGGCCCUUCACGCCCGCCGACCUGGAGGUCGUCCACAACCACUGGCUGGGCUUCCCGCCGCACAGCCCGACCGUGCACUACGUCCUGGCCGCAGCCUACACCGUCAUCAUGACCCUGGGCGUGUUCGGCAACCUGCUCGUCCUCUACAUGUUCUGCAGAUGCCGUUCGCUACGAUCACCGGCCAACAUCCUCAUCGCGAACCUCGCCAUCUCAGACUUCUUCCUCCUCGCCAAGAUGCCCGUCUUCAUCUACAACAGCAUGUACUUCGGACCCAUUCUCGGGCAAAUCGGCAACGACGUCUACGGCUUCCUCGGCGGGCUGACGGGCGCCGUGAGCAUCGCCAACCUGGCGGCCAUCGCGCUGGACCGCUACCACGUGAUCGUGCAGCCGCUGGACCCCGGGCGGCGCAUCUCGCGGCUGCGCGCGCGCCUGUGCGUGCUCGUGACGUGGGUGUACGGCGGCGUGCUCGCCUCCUGCCCGCUGCUCGGGCUCAGCCGCUACACGCCCGAGGGGCUGCUCACCAGCUCCAGCUUCGACUACCUCAACUCGGACUGGCGCAACCGGACGUUCAUCGUGUGCUUCUUCUUCGCGGCCUGGGUCGUGCCGUUCUGCAUCAUCACGCUCAGCUACUUUGGCAUCUACCGGAUCGUGGAGCGAGCCACGCAGCGCGGGCAGGCCGGCGAGAUCAGCGACACUUCGCGGACGCGCCGGCACUGCCGCGAGCACGACAAGCGGCGCACGGAGGUGCGGCUGGCCUGGGUGGCGGCCGUGGUGGUGGGGCUCUGGUUCAUCUCGUGGACGCCGUACGCCGUGGUGGCGCUGCUCGCCGUGUCCGGCCGGCCGCCCGACCCGCUCGUCUCCAUGCUGCCGGCCCUGUUCUGCAAGACGGCCUCCUGCCUGGACCCCUACGUGUACGCCGUCACGCACCCGCGCUUCCGGCGCGAGCUGGCCAAGCUGUGCACCCGGGCGUGCGGCCGCCUGGGGAUCGGGCUGGGCCGGGCGUCGCGCCGCCCAGCCAAGGCGCGGCAGGGCAGGGGCCGCUUCUGGAGGCGCAAUGCGUCGCUGACGUCCACCGCCACGGUCACCACGGCGCGCCGGGUGAGUGGGAGCCUGUCGAGCGAGGAGUGCGUCGAGGAGGAGGACGUACCCGUCAUGAUGGUGGACUUCAGGCGCGGCGCGCGCGGCCGCGACCCGCGCGAGUCGGUGUGCUCGACGAGCAGCCUGCGAGAGUCGGUCCAGGACAGCCCGCCACCCGUGGGGCCUCUGAGGAGCGCGGGCACUCGAGCGGACGAGAGCAGGUCGAGCUCGUCGGGGGAGCCGCCCCCGCAGGCAGCCCGCGUCCUGGCCAACCCCGUGCUGCCUCCGCCGCACCCGCCCCCGGCAAUGCCAGCAAUGCCAGCAGCAGCGCCCCAGCAGCUGCAGCCGCUCUCCAUGGGCGACUGCCCCUCCUGCCCCCAGAUCGCCCACUUCCCCCUGUCGGCCUCGGACCAGCAGCGCUACCGCGCGCCCUCCAUCUUCACGUCGCCCAAGCCGCGGAGGAGCAAGUCCUUCUCGCAGCGCGCCAACAAGCUGAGCGUCGGGGAGCCGGUCCUGCCCACCGUGCUGCAGGACCCCAUCUCUGUUUAACUGUGCCCGCCCCGUAGAGUAGACACCAAGUGAUUCCGUGUGAGUUCAUUGGCACUGCCAGCGGCCAUAAACAUUUUUGAUUUUGUGAACUCUUUCGUAAGUCGAGAUUGGGGAGGAAAAGGUAGGGGAGCUACUGGAAAAAGUGACUUUCGUCAUGACAGCAUAAGUACGGACCAUUAGGUUUAGUGGUGUUAGUGCCAAGUGUGAACAUCAAAUAAUACCCUCGUUUUAAACGUAGCUGUUAUAAAUGUAUUGAGAGCUUAAUGGAUGCAAGUAUUUCAGAAGACUAGGCGACACUUCAACCAAAUGAAUAUUUUGAGUGAGCAAGGAAAUGUUACAGAAAGACCAGUUGUAAAAAUGUAUGUAAGCUCUGAACCAUGAAUAAAAAUUUCUAAAACUUUGAAA